UCAUCCUUUCAGCCUUUGCACAAAGACAGACAGCUUCUCCCUUUGAUUGAUCAGCACUCUUCUUUUAACAAUGGAGUACGGACAACUGAUUAAUACCAAAUCGGCAAACAUUAUCAAACCCCUAGAGAUGAACAAGCCCUACGCCUACAGUGUCAGCGGAGGGGCAGGUGGCCGUGGGAUCAAGAUCUCCACUGCGUACGGCACACAGGUUGGCAGCGGCUUCAGGAGGGGCUAUGACUACCACGGCAUGUCCUCUGGGUCCCCGGUCAUCACAAACGAGAAGGCCACCAUGCAGCACCUGAACAACCGGCUGGGCAGCUACCUGGAGACGGUGAGGAGUCUGGAGAAAGCCAAUAGCAGUCUGGAGAUCAAGAUCAGGGAGACCAUAGAGAAGAGAGGCCACUUAGAUGGGAAGGACUUUAGUAAGUACAACGCAACCAUCACGGAGCUGAGGGCCAAGAUAUCUGACGUGAUCACAAGCAAUACCUAUCUUUCUAUUUCGAUGGACAACGCAAGGCUUGCUUCCGAUGACUUCAGAAUGAGAUCGGAGUUCGAGAUGUCCAUGCGUCAGACAGUGGAGGCCGAUGUGGCCAGACUGAGGAAGAUUCUUGACGACACUAAUGUUAUUCGCCUGAACUUGGAGAGCGACAUUGAGUCUCUGAAGGAAGAGUUGAUCAUCCUGACGAAGAACCACGAGAUGGAAGUUGAGGAAUUGCAUUCCCAGAUCACCAAGGUCGGCGUCCAUGUGGAUGUUGACGCUCCUAAAGGACAGGACCUGGCCAAGAUCAUGGAGGAGAUGAGGGCCAAGUAUGAGAAGAUAGCCCUGAACAACCAGGAGGAGCUCAAAAAAUGGCAUGAUUCUCAGGUCACGGAAAUGCAGGUCCAAGUGACUGAGAGUUCAACGGCUCUGAAGGAAGCCAACACUAUGUUGUCAGAUACUAAGAGGAAGUGUCAAGCACUGGACAUUGAAAAACAGGCCGAGCUUAGUAUGCAAGCAUCGCUGAAGGGAACAAUGCACGACAUUGAAAUGCGCCACAACACAGAGAUGGAGAAGUACAACGUGAUCCUCCUGAGGCUGCAGGAGGAGCUCACUCGCAUCCGCACCGACAUCCAGCACAGCACACAGGAUUACGAGAGCCUGCUCGACAUCAAGGUGAAACUGGAGGCCGAGAUCGCUGAGUACAGGAGGCUGCUGGACGGCGAGCCAGACUUUACUCUACAGCAGGCAGUUGAUCCAAAGACGAUGCAGACCAAAGUGCUGACGGUCACUCAGACUCUGGUGAAUGGCGUAGUGGUGUCAGAGAGCAAAGAGGAAAUUGUUUCUCUGUAACAACUGAUUUGCAGAAGACCAC